CAUAAUUUAAUUUUACUUAAAAAUCUAUAAUUUAAUUAUGUUAAAAUUAUAAAUUUAUAGUUUAAUAAAUAAAGAAAAGUGCUCGGCAUAGAUGAAUAAUAAAAUAAUAGCAUAAUAUUGCGUGUAAAAGUGUUUAUGGCAGUGAAAUUAGUUAAGAAAAUUUCUGUUCUUUGAUUGACUGUCCGGCGGCAGAAGUAGGAAAAAAAUACACGCUCAGUGACAACAACAAAGAAAAGCUAAAAAUUGUUCAUUAUUUUUUUUCAACACUUGAAUUUCAAUAGUCUUAAAUGUUCUAUAAAACAUGGAAAACUUAAAAAUAAGUGAUAAUUUAUUUGCAAAUAUUCGUUAUUUUGUUGUGGGCAAUUUAGAUGAGGAGGUCGAGCAGUUACUCAAAAAUGGAGGUGCUCAAUCUAAAAUAUUCCUCUCGGAUUUGGUUACCCAUCUCAUUUGUGCUCCAAAUUAUACCGAAGAGGAAUUGGUUAUGAAUUUAGAUCUUUACAGUGUAAUUCCCGUAACCGAACAAUGGAUAAUACAUAGUGCCAAACUGGGACGCUUAGCUGCCACCAAAGCAUUCGAUCCCAGUGAGCCACGUUUUAUGAAAAACAUAUCCGCUGCCAUAGUUAAUGUAGCACCAAGUGAUCGCAAACGUUUAUAUGCAAUGUUGACUUAUCAUGGUGCCCAAGUAACAUCCAAUUUUAGUGGUAAUAAUACUCAUUUAGUAGCUGGCAUGGCUAUGGGGGCGGUAUAUACGAAAGCAAGUGCUCUACCAAAAGGAAGCAUGCAUAUAGUUACGCCCGAUUGGGUAGUAGAAUGUCUGAGACAAAAGAAGUUGUUGCCAUGUGAUAUUUAUCAUCCACGUCUGCUAAAGGUAGUAGAGAGACCAAAAUUAACGCUGCCAAUUAUACCCAGUGCGCCAAUAACGUCGGCUAUAAAUAACCCUUUAAAAUCAAUCCAACAUACACCACCGCCUCCACCACCACCAACAUCACAACAACAGCAGCAGCAACUAACGCCUGUUCAGUCACAACCACCACCAACUGUCGAACAGACAUUAUCCAACAUUUUAGGUUUCGAUGAUGACCCGUUAUUGGAUAAGGCAACGGAGUCAUCACCAUCCGUUACAUCUCUAGAUGCUGCCCAAAGUAUAGCUAAUAUAAAAUCACAAUUGCAAGCAGCUGCUGUACAAAUAACUGCCGCCAAAGAUGUUAAGACUGUAACCAGUUCAACCGCAACUACCUCCUCAUCUGCAUCAUCAUCCACACACACUACACCCAAAAAUGACAUACCAGCCACAUCAACCACGACUUCACCAUUUGCUGGAAAUAUAACGGCUAUGGAAUCAACAACAAUAACAUCUAAUUUACAACAAUCGCCUUUACAACAACAGCAGCUGCCAUUACCACAGCAGCAAACCUUAACACAACAACAGCAAACUUUAACACAACAACAGCAAACAUUAACACAACCUCCACAAACUUUACCACAACAGCAAACAUUAACUCAACAACAAAUGUUACCGCAACAACAACAAAAUCUGCCACAACAACAGCAACACCUUAUCCAACAGCAUCAACAACAGCAAUCACAAAUUGUUUUUGUUAGACCUAGAAGUUUAAAUCAGCAACAGCAGCAGCAGCAGCAACAACAGCAAUUAUUGUCAGGUGCUGCUACGGCUCAAAGUUUGGGCAAUGUUUCUUCGGGACCACCUCAAAUUAUUUUGCAACAAAAAAUCAUACCGAAUGUGGCCAAUUUACAAUUACAACAACAGCAGCAGCAGCAACAACAACAAACUCUGUCACAGUUGCAACAGCAGCAGCAAAAUAUACAAUUACAGCAACAAUUGAUGCAACAACCCAGAACACCACAAACCCCCACCUCCUCCAACACUCCUCUACUGGAAUCGCGUACACCCACACCUACAGGCACCCCACAACCGCCAAGAACUCCGCAACCUAACAGUGGCAGACAGACACCCCAAGCCCCGCGAACACCCACCAACACACCACAACCGCAACUGCAACAACAGCUACUAGGACAAUCACCACAACAUAAUUCACAAAUACAAAUGUCACCAUCACAUCAAACAUCUCACACUCCCCAACCACAGCCCAGUCCACAAUCGCAGCAAAUUCAACUGGCGUCUCAAGCGCCUCAGCAACAGCAGCCGCAAUCACAACAACAACAACCGCAACAACAAACCAUAACCAUGUCACCACAAAUGUUGCAUCAGCACAUUCUCAGACAGCAGCAAAAUUUGCAGCAGCAGCAACAACAAUUACAACAACAAAUUCAAAACGGCCAGAGUUUAUCACCACAUCAACAAGCCCUACAGCGACAAAUACAACAUCAACAACAACAAUUGAUGCAGCAACAAUUACAAUUGCAACAGCAACAACAACAAUUGCAACAACAGCAGCAGCAACAACAGCAGCAGCAACAACAGCAGCAGCAAUUACAAAUGCAACAGCAAUCACCUCGUAUGCAGCAAAAUCCAUCACCUGCUCCUCAGGCUCCUUCACCCUCCCUGAGUAAUACACCUAACAGUGGUAGUGGACAUUCACAUCCCAUGAUGCCUCCACAAUCACCACGUCAAUUACAAUCCCCUGCACCACAAAUGACACCACCACCGCCUCCUCAAUCUCCAGGAGCUGUUGGUAUUCAACAACAGAGUACUCUGUUGACUCAGCAACAAUUAAGACAACAGCUGCAACAGGUUAGACAGCCGCAACAAAGACAACAACAGUCACCCCAACACAUGUUGUCACCACAACCCUUUCAACAGCCCCAAAGGGUACAAUUGCAAAUGCAGCAGAUGCAACAGCAACAACAGCAGCAACAACAACAAUCUCCACAACAUCGAGCGUCACCAUCGGCACCUCAAUCUCCACAACUACACCAACAACAAUCUAAAUUGAUCUCAAAUCAAAAACCAAUUGAUCCGACAGAUCCCGUACAGGUGGCACAAAUACUAAGUCGUUCUGCUCCAAGUCCCAAUCAUGAAUCGUUAAUAAUGAGAACACAACAGUUAAAGCAACAGCAAUUGCAGCAGCAACAACAGCAGCAGCAACAACAACAGCAGCAACAGCAACAAAUGAUUACAAGCCCAGUAAGUCAGCAAAGUGUUCAACAACAGGGCAAUGCUGCACAGAGGCAAGUGAUAAACACUUCAACAGCACAGGGGCAGCAGAUUAUACAGAGUCAUAUGAUGAAUAUACAUCAACAACAGCAGCAGCAACAACAGCAGAAGCAACAAAUGGUACAAUUGCAGCAGCAACAACAAAUUUUACAGCAAAAACCGGGUUUAAUAUCGCCACAGCAACAACAAUCACCACAAAUUCAACAGCAAGUUAUAAUACCACAACAACAACAACAACAGCAGAUGCAACAACAACAACAGUUACAGCAGCAGAAUCAGCAACAACAACAGCAGCAACCUUUGCAGCAACCCACACAGCAACAAUUACAAUUUACCAGCCCCCCUUCCUCAACUCCGCAGCAACAGCAGCAGCCACAACAUGCUUCUAACAUAACUACGGUUACCGGCCCAGGGGGCGUUAGAAUUAUACAACAAACUAUUCAAGCGCAACCUGGUUUUCCUCCUGUCCAACAGCCACAACAGCAAACACAACAAAUUCUGCAACAGCGCCAAACUCAAUUGCAGCAGCAACCCCAGAUACAACAACAAAUCAUAACACAACAGCAGCUGCAAAGUCCCCAACAGCAACAACAGCAAACAGGACAAUUGCAACAGGUACUUAAUUCCAAUGUGGGUGUGGCACAAGCCCCUCAAACCCCCAAUAAGCCGAAAUACAUAAUUAGUCAGCAGCAAUUUAACCAGCUGACACCUCAGCAGCAGCAACAAAUUUUACAGCAAAAUCAACAAAAUCAAAACUUUUUCAUUGUCAAUCAGACUAAUGUAACUCAACAACAGCAGCAACAACAACAACAGCAGCAGCAACAACAGCAUCAACAAGUAGGACAACAACAAAUCAUACAACAAGCGGCACAAAAUCCCAAUCAACUUAUUAAGCAACAACAGCAACCACCUCCAUUAUAUGCCCAAAGGCAACAGCAGCAACCACAAACCCAACAACAAUUAGUCGAUUUGGAAGGCAAUUUACUACAAUCUCCUCAGCAGCAGCAGCAACAACAGCAACGAAUUUUAUUGCAGCAGCAACAGCAAACGCCUAAUGUUUCUCCACAACAACAGCAGCAACAACAGCAAAUUGUAAUUAAUCAACAAAUUAUCAACAAUCCUCAGCGUUUGCAAUACUUGCAGCAGCAACAACAAUUGCAAUUUCAACAAAAACAACAAAUGCAACAGCAGCAGCAGCAACAACAACAGCAACAACCCAAUGCCAUUGUUGUGGGUCCUCAGCAACCAGUGCAACAACAAAUUGUACAACAGCAGAUACUACAACAAAGUCCUCAGCAACAACAAGUAGGGCAACAACAACCACAGCAACAAAUAAUAAUACAACAAACUAUACCACAGCAACUUGUGGCGGGACAACAGCAACAAUCCUUAUUGCAAAGUCCUCAACAACAGCAAAUACUAGUUCAACAGCAACAAAAACAAUUACAAAUGCAACAUCAGCUUAUAGAUAGCCAACAACAGCAACAACAACAACAAAUUAUUUUACCGCAGCAGCAACAACAGCAACCCUUACAGCAAACAGUUUUAAUACAACAACAGCAAUUAACACAACAAACCCCUACACCACAAUCUCCUCAACAGCAGCAGCAGUUAACACAACAACAUCAGCAACAAAUUUUAAUACAACAAGAAUCGCCACAGCAGCAAUCACAGCCACAACAAACUCAUUGGUCUCCACAAAGUCCCGCACAACAGCAACAACAACAGCAGCAACCGGGAACGCCCGGUUCCAUUGCCGGCCUACAAUCUCCCCUACAAGGUCAACAACCUCAAAUCCAACAAAUCAUCCCUCAACAACAACCACAGCAGCAGCAGCAGCCACAAUUCAUACGAACUGUACGCCCUGCAGGACAGUGGCAACAGCAAGGUCUACCUCCCGGCACACCUCAACCGCAACGACAACUCAUAACACUAGAUGAUAAAACUCAUGCUCAUUUUAUGUCAUUGGAUCCCAUUAAAAGAGCUGAAUACAUUUCAAAAUUGCAGCAAUCUAAACAGCGGGUCAUGGUUAGACAACAACAAGUGGCCUAUCAGCCUAGACCUGGAGCUCCUAAUGUUGUGGCCAGCGCUCUUGGUACAACACCCCGACCCGCAGGUCCCACAACCCAACACAUUAUAGUUCAAAGUCAAAUGCCGGCUGGUCUUACGCAACAGCAGCAAAUGCAAUGGUUACAACAACAGCAACGACAAGUUGUGGUCAGGACUGCUGCUAAUCGUGCACCUGGUCUUACGCCCAUCACUCAACAACAGGUUAUUGCUGGUGGUACACCUGUCAGUAUAACUCAGCAACAGUUGCAGCAGCAACAACAACAGCACAAUGUGCAACAACAAGUUUUUAAUCCCAAUGAUCCAAAUCAACAGAUGUUGUUACAAAGACAACAACUAAGAGUACAAUUGCAGCAGCAGCAGCAGCAACAACAACAGCAGCAACAACAGCAAAUGUUGGGUCAGAAGCCUCAACAAUCUGUACAGGUUAUUACUGGACCCGGCGGUCAAGUUAUAGAACAACAAACUAUAAUACAAACACAACCGGCUGGGGCCCAGCAAAUUGGUCAGACCAUACAAGGACAACAAGGUUCGGGAAAUAUAAUUACAGCAUUGGCACCUCAAACUGUCCUCAUGCCAAAUCAGGCUACCGGCAUGGAUGGUCAGCAACUUCAGCAACAGCAACAACAGACUGGUAACUUGCAGCAAACUCAACAACAAAUGAAUUUGAAAACCAAAACUGCUCUCGCCAAUAUGUUAAGCAAUCGUUUGGGCGGUACUGUGGGAGGUAAUAAUGCCAUGCAAAUGCAAACACAAAUUCCAGGAGUACAGCAGCAGACGUUAGUGCAGCAACAAAUACAAAUGCAAGAUCCUAGUCAGCAACAGCAGCAACAACAAGCUGUGCCGCAGCAACCACAAAUAAUACAACAAACACAAGUGGUAGUACAAGGACCUCAACAAUUGCAGCAGCAACAACAACAGCCGCAACAGCAACUUAUAAUGGGUCAACAGCAGCAAUUAAACCCACAGGGUGUAAUGAAUACAAUGCAAACUCAACAACAGCAGCAACAGGUGGUGGAAGCCAGUGCUGCCGGCACUUUACGUAUGAUGACUCAACAGCAUAAUGCCGCCAGUUUACAGCAGCCUACAAAUCAAGUUGGUGCUACGACCGCUGGUGCUACUGUUUCUAGUGUUGUGGGAGUUCCCAGAACUCAGCAGGAGCUUUUGCUUCUACAGCAACAACAGCAACAGCAGCAACAACAAAUGCGUAGACCCAUUUUACAGACCCAGAUGUCGGCAACAGGUCCAGUAGCUGUUAACAAUAUUAUUACCGCUGGUGUACCGCCACAACAAGCUGUGCAACAACAGCAACAACAAGUGGUGCAGCAGCAACAACAAGUUGUUCAACAACAAUUGGUAGUUGCUGCUGCCACGCCUGGUGGUGGUGGUGGUGCAAUUCAGCAGCAAGUGGUAACAGCUCCUGGAACUGCUGUACCCGCUGGCGUUAUGACUCCUACCGGCUAUAUACAACAAGGCAGAGUUACCCAACUGCCCAUGCCACCGCGUCCACAAUUCUAUGGCCAUAAUCCGAAUUUAAAGCUGCCACCCGAUCUAUUCUUGGUCGGUUGCACUUUCUACAUUGUUGAGGAAUACGAAGAAACCGAUGGCGAAGAAUUGCCCAUUUGGAUGGAAACAAUACGGCAAUUUGGCGGCGAUAUCGAAAAGAACUAUUGUCCACGCGUCACCCAUGUACUGUGUCGCACCCAACGUCACGGUGUCGUUAUGCAGGCCCUCAGAGAUGCCAAACGUUGCAUUACCGCUUACUGGCUAAGUGACAUUUGCUUGAAAAAACAAUUACUGCCUCCCUGGCAGCCAUUGCAUCUACCAUUCCCCUCACAGUUUGGCUAUCAGAAACCGCUGGAACGGCACAUCAUAGCUGCAAAUGGCUACGAGCCCGAAGAGGAACAUCGCAUUAAACAAAUGGUGCAAGAAUGUGGCGCCAUUUACACAUCAUAUCUAUCGAAAUUACACACAGUGUUGGUGUGUAAAAAACUGGAGGGUGAAAUGUUUAAUGCCGCAAAAGACUGGAACAUACCCGUUGUGAACUCUUUGUGGCUAAGUGACAUAACGAUUGGAAAUUUAAGUACAAUGUCUCAAUAUGACAAUCAAAAGUAUCAGCAGUAUAGUAUAACAGCGCCAUUCCGUAUUGAUUAUGGUUUGGUGCCACAUUUGAUGGCUGCUUGGAAAGCCCCCAUCAAUCUUACACAAGAUGCUCAUGAACGCGUUAAGAGAUAUUUAGCCGAUCCCUACUAUGAGAAGGCUAAAAGACAAAAGAUAUCACCCUACCAAGAAGAAAUACCCGAAACAAUAGUCUGUGUGGAAUAUCCACAAACAGCUAAACCGCCAAAAGUAUUAUUUUCACAAGUGGCUGAUCCCGAAUCACUCAAAAAGGCUGUAUUAUCGCUUGGCGGUAUUGUGGUAGACAAUCCCGUGGAUGCCACCUACUUGGUAAUGACUUGUGAAAGUCGUACCUGUAAACUAAUACAGGCAGUGUGCCAUGUUGAUUAUGUGCUUAAAUCCCAGUGGGUUGCGGAGAGUGCUAAGGCAGGCAAAUUCUUACCACCCGAAAACUAUAAAAUACAAUAUAUACCAGUGGAUGAAAAUCUUAAAUUUCAUCUGGAUACGGUCUUGCAAUCUACCGCUCGUUCCACAUUAUUUGCCGGACGUUAUUUCUAUGUUACACCCGAUGUUUUUCCGGCACGUUCAGAAGUUGUACGUAUGAUUGAAUCUUCAGGCGGUAAAGUUGAAGAGAAACGACGUUCCUCACAGGCUAUAGCGGAAAUUCACAAUCAAUCGCCGGAAUCCUAUAUAAUUGUUACAUGUCCCAAUGACAUGCAUUUAUGUGUGGAUCUUACACGUUUUGGCAAUCCCAAAUGUCCCAUAGUGUCUACAGAAUUUGUUAUGAGUUCUAUACUUAAGCAAAGUCUCGAAAUAGAACCUCAUAUUAUACCCUAUCUAUACAAUAACAAUAAUCUUAUUUAUGGCAGUGGUUCAAAUAAGGCAUCCUCCAAAUAGCCUUUAAUUCCACCCAUACAACAAGAUCCACACGAUUUUGAAACCAUAACCGAGUUAUUUUUGCAAAAAUAUUUAGAUUUGGAACCAUUAAUGGAGACAUUUUAUUCAUAAAGAAUAAAACUCUUUCAUUUAAUUCUAAUAAAAUUUAAUUUAGUAAAAUUUUGAAUUCAACAAAGUCUUAUUUAAAUUGAAACAACCAUUUCCUAAUUUUAAGUGUCUCAUGUAUUUUUAUGUACAGUUUUCAUUCAUUCAUUUUCGCAUAUUCAUAACCAUUUCUAAGUCCUGUACAUAUAUUUAAAUUCAUAAACAAUUUAAAUUUAAACAAAUGUAAAAUAGUUUGUGCAUUAACGUAAAUAAAAUUUCUAAAAUUUUAUAUUCUCUUUUAAACGUGUAAAAAAAAACACUAGAAUUAUAUUUAUUUUUAAGAUAUUGAAAGCCUAGUUUUCAUGGAAUAUACAUACAUAUAUAAUCACUAUAUAAAGGCUUAUUUAUAUUUUUGUAUACGAUUAUAGAAAUAGUUUUAAACAUUUCAAAUUAAAUUCAAGUUACAUAUUUAAUUUGUAAUUGAAUUUCUUAAAUGUAACUAAAAAAAAACAAAACGUUGAAUAACAAUGCAUUCAAAAUAAUAUAUAUUUUCAUAUAAAAUAAAAAAAUAA